AGUGAGCAGUGUCACACACCUGAAAGCAAUGCUCUUCAAACCCCACACCAUCUCUUCCCACAUCCUCAGCAACCACCUCAACCAACUAAGAUCCAUUUCGAGCCUCAAAGUCGUUUGGCGCAAAGACCCAGAACUCGACCGUGCAAUCGAAAACGACAAGCGUUUCAAGCUAUGCGCCCGCGUCGUUCGCGAAGUCCUCAACGAACCCCGCCACGUCAUCCCCCUUCGCUACCUCGAAAAGCGUCGCCAAAGAAUGCACCUCAAAGUCAAAAUCGAAACCUUCCUCAACCAUAACCCUGGUUUGUUCGACGUCUACUUGGACCGCAUUAAGCCCAAAACCGAACCUGUCCGGUUCAUCCGGUUCAGUGCAAAGCUCCAGAACUUUCUAGAAGAACAAAAGAGAAUCUUCCAGAAGAACGAGGACUUGAUCGUUGCGAAACUCUGUAAGCUUUUGAUGAUGUCUAAGAAUAAAGUUGUUAGUGCUGAUAAGUUGCUUCAUGUCAAGAAGGAAUUCGGUUUUCCUGAUGACUUUUUAGUUGAUUUGGUACCUAGGUAUUCGAAUUAUUUUAGGUUAAUUGGAUCACCUGGUGAAGGGCAAUCGUUCCUUGAAUUGGUUAACUGGGAACCUAAAUUUGCGAAAUCUGUGAUUGAGCAUAGGGCUGAGGAGGAGAGUGAGAGGAUUGGGAUUAGGGUUAGGCCUAAUUUUAGAGUUCAACUUCCUAGUGGUUUUGUGCUGAAGAAGGAUAUGAGGGACUGGGUUAGGGAUUGGAUGGAGCUUGAUUAUGUUUCGCCUUACGCGGAUGUUUCGCAUUUGGAGCAGAAUUCGAGGGAAAUGGAGAAGAGGAUGGUUGGUGUGUUUCAUGAAUUGUUGUCACUUUCACUGUAUAAGAGGAUUCCGGUGCCCAUUUUGGGGAAGUUCUGUGAUGAGUAUAGAUUUUCGAAUGCCUUUUCGAGUGUUUUUACAAGGCAUUCAGGGAUAUUUUAUAUGUCACUGAAAGGAGGGAUCGAGACGGCGGUGCUAAGAGAAGCAUACGAGGGUGAUAAGUUGGUUGAUUUGGAUCCACUGCUGGAGAUAAAGGACAAGUUUGUUGAGUUGUUGGAGGAAGGUUGGCGGCAGAGGGCGGAGGAGUUGAGGUUGAAACAAGAGAAGCUUAGGAGGGAUAUGGAAAAUUCGGCCACCAAAGUUGACCAAAUGAGUGUGAAAGAGACCAAUGUGGAUGGUCGAAGACAUGUGGACAAUGGAAGACGGAGAGCUUUCAAGGAUUUCAGUGAAACAGUGCUACAAGAAAAUCUUUGUUUUGGUCCCGCACGAAGCCUGCAAUAUAUUGGAGUUGGCGAGCAGUAUAUUUAAGUUCACAACUUAUGAAAAAUUCUUAAUUUCUGCCAGACAUCUGAUGUGAGAUUUCCUAUUAUAGUUCCAAGCGAAGGAUACACUUUAACAUAUCUGCUAAGGAUGGAAGAAAUGAAUUGCAAUCUUGGAUUUUAUUAGCAAUUUCUGCUACCAAAUAACUUUCUCAGAGUAGCAAUGAAGUAAUUUAUAUCCUUUCAGGAACAGCUGGAAGUAAGGCGAAAAGGUGUGAAGAACUUAACUUUUGUCAUGUUAUUAUGGUAUCAUGCAUGUUAUCUUCAGAGAAUUGUCCCCAAUUAAUAAUAUCAGAUCACCUUGGUUGAGGGAUUUAUAAAUAUAUAUAUAUAUAUUUUUUUUUUUUAUGUUAAUGAGCUGUUAGUAUUAGGCUAUUAGCACUUUUGUUUUCAAGUCAAGAUUGAGUUAGAAGUAUUCUUACCUGUCUUUUGGUCUAUCUUUGUUAUGGUUAUGAUUAUGAUUAGAUUGUAGUAUGAAAAGAAAUAUUGCUGAGAUCAUAUGGAAUCAAUGAAAAUUUUGAAUAGGCUGUGACUUUGAUUAAAUAUUUUAUUUCUACCCCUCAAUAAUAUCUCCUUGGUUUGCACUUCAUGAGUUCUGCAUGCUAUUAAUUUGCAUUAUCUCACACACCCAACUUGUCACCAUUGUGAGAUGAAUUGAAUAAAAUACUGAUCAAGAAUAAGGUGGGUGGUUUGAACUCCCACUUAGAAUAGUAUUUGUUGUCACCUACAAAGUCAUCACACAAUAUUGAUGAGAAAUAGUAACCAUUAACCAAAACUCUACCAACAUUUAUGAAUUUGCAAGUAUUUAAGCAUGUUUACUUAGGGGCCACAUGAACAUCAAAACAUUUCUGGGUUCUUGAUGGAGAGAGUCAAGAUUCUAAAUCUAAUUACAUUGGCUCUUACAUUUUUGGCAUUGGUGCCAAAGAUGGAGAGCCAGAUGAGGUCACCAAUUUUUCCACUGCCUGCACUGCCUUCACCACCACAAUCUCCUCCACUCC